AUGGCUUCUUCAAACAGCAGCCAAUGGCUGUAUGUGCCCGAUUACCAGCGUAUGCUCCUGGCAGAAGACCUGAUGGAAGCAAGCUGUGCAUCAGAAGCCUUAAAAUCUGGAGUUUAUGGUGUUGGGUUUGGUGCUUUGAUGGCAGCUGGUUCUGGAUGGUGGACUGGGCUUCCGUUUAGAGAAUCUCUACCCAUGAUGGGUCGUAUGGGCGGUGUGGUUGGAAGUAUUGGUGCAUUGACAUAUGGCACAGUCUGUAUAUCAGCUCAAGUACGAGAAAAGGAUGACUAUAUUAAUACUGGCGUGGGUGGGUUUGUUGCUGGUGCUUUAAUUGGUAUUCGAGCACAAUCACUACGCUCAGUAUGCUUUUAUGCUCCCAUGGUAGCUGCUGGAUUGGCUGCUAUUGAUUUCACCGGACGAAACAUGAGAGAACAGGAAAGCAAACCUUAUGAAGACAAGAUAAAGAGAGCACCAUUCUUGCAAUGGCCAAAGAGAGAUCCAUUUGCUGAACGAUGGAAGGAAAUACAGGCGAGAGAAGCUGCUAAAUCAGAAUGA